UCUCUCUCCCUGCUCUGUCCCGGUACUCUCCCCCCUCUCUCUCUUUCCCAGCUCGAGGAGCAGUUCGUCCAGUGCGUCCCCACCAACAACUCCAGGAGACGCAGGGAAAUAUCAUUCAAAGGAGUAAAAAGCAGCAGAAGGUGGAGGAAGAGGAGGAGUAGAAUACUUAUAUUACACAACAGAAACCGUGAGAGUUUGUCCAGGGAAGAGGGGUCUCCCCAAAAAAAACCUGAGCCAUGAGUCGCAGCAUCGUGCGGCAAAGCAAGUUUCGCCACGUCUUUGGCCAGACGGUCAAGGCUGAGCAGGGUUACGAUGACAUUCGUGUUUCCAAGGUGACGUGGGACAGCUCCUUCUGCGCCGUCAACCCAAAGUUCCUGGCGGUCAUCGUUGAAUCCAGCGGCGGAGGAGCAUUCCUGGUACUGCCCCUAAUUAAGUCAGGUCGUGUGGAUAAGAACUACCCGCUGGUGAACGGCCACUCUGGACCCGUCCUCGAUAUCGACUGGUGCCCUCAUGACGACAACAUCCUGGCCAGCUGCUCGGAGGACUGUACUGCGAUGGUGUGGCAGAUCCCAGAUCACUCUCUGACCCUUCCCCUCUCCGACCCCGUCGUGGUCCUGGAGGGACACUCCAAACGGGUCGGCAUUGUCACCUGGCACCCCACCGCACGCAACAUACUACUCACUGCGGGUAGUGAUAACCUGAUUAUAGUCUGGAACGUGGGGACCGGCGAGCCCCUCAUCUCCAUGGACGACCACCCAGACCUCAUCUACAGCAUCAGCUGGAACCGAAACGGCAGCUUGUUUUGCACCACCUGUAAGGACCGACGUCUGCGUGUCUGCGACCCCCGCAAGAGGGAGGUGGUUGCGGAACGUCUGGCUCCACAUGAGGGCAUCCGGCCAAUGAGAGCCAUCUUCACCAGAGACGGAAACAUCUUUACCACAGGAUUCACCAGGAUGAGCCAGAGAGAGCUCGGACUCUGGGACCCGACAAAUUUCGAGGAGCCCAUCGCACUGUUGGAGUUGGACACAAGUAAUGGAGUGAUGUUACCAUAUUAUGAUGCAGACGCAAACAUGGUCUACCUCUGUGGAAAGGGGGACAGCAGUAUUCGUUACUUUGAAAUCACAGAUGAGCCGCCAUACGUCCACUACCUCAGCACCUUCAGCAGUAAGGAGCCCCAGAGAGGGAUGGGCUUCAUGCCCAAGAGAGGUGUGGACGUCACCAAAUGUGAGAUUGCUAGGUUAUUCAAGCUCCUUGACAAGAAGUGUGAGCCCAUCACAAUGACAGUGCCCAGAAAAUCGGACCUCUUCCAGGACGACCUGUACCCGGACACAGCGGGGCCCGAGCCCGCCAUGGAGGCUGAAGAGUGGAUGGAUGGCCGCGACGAAGAUCCAAUUCUGGUGUCCCUGAGGGGGGGCUAUCAGGCACCCAAGAGCCGAGAGCUCAAAGUGGCAAAGAAGAAUGUGCUGGGCUCCAGACCCACCACCCGACGCAGCAUGUCCACUUUGGACACCAACAGUCUGCCACCUGAGUUGCUUGAGAGGUUGUUGGAGGAGAUUCAGAAUCUGAAGGCCACGGUUUUGUCUCAGGAGAAGAGAAUCAGUGAAUUGGAGAAUAAGCUUUCCCAGUACACCAAUGGCACCGACUGACGCGCAUGAAACACACCUUCUGAAGAACUGGUCUAAAUUUCAGAAUCAAUAUAACUGUUAUAGAAACACAUUUCCCUUGUUUUGACAAGGAACCACUCUCCUAAAUACUCCAACGGUGUUGCCCCUUUAAAAGGUACCAUUGUGUAAGAAUAUGAAUGUGGACAAUGUAAAUGCAAAUUAACGGUCCAACAAAUUUGAACAAAUUACAUCAGUAUGUAGUGUAAUUGUUUUGCGGUUGUUUCUACAUAAUCCACAUUCCAGUUUUAACAUAAUGUACCUUUAAUUGCUAAGGCCAAAUAUUCUAAUAUAUUCACACAUUUACAGUGAUUUGUAAAGAAUGAGAAGAGUACAAAAGUGGAGUGAGGGGGCUGUAGGUUAUAGGGACAUGUGCAAGUUGGGUUAAAGAUCUGAAGAAAGUCAACACUGUUAUUUUUUUUUUAUUACACGGCUUUGUUGAAUACUGAUUGGUCAAUCAAGGCGUUAUGCGGUCUGUUAUUUCUUUACAGCAGACCGCUGCUAUGUUUAACAGACCGUUGCUAUGGA